AUGGUCGUAGUAGUAACGGCUGCGCCAAGCCCAGCGUCAACGUGCAGCGUAGCAGUGCCCGACAGUUGCCAGGUCCCCCAGGCCCCAGUCCAAUCCAAUCCCAUCCAGCCAGUUUUUUCUUCCUUGAUGAGGAGUCAUUUGAGUGGACUCGAAAUGGGUGGAUGGGUCCCUGGAACCCCCGACCGUACCCUACCCUACCUACUCCAUGGACUUAGCCUACAGCAGCCCCCGGGCGAUGCACCUCACCUCACCACGCACGGAGCGACAAGUGACGGCGGCGGGCGUGGAACAGCAGGAAAUAAAACUGGGUCAGUGCAAUUUUCUGUCGUCUCGAAGUGGGUCUCGAGAACAAGUACUGUCCAGAGCACCUACUGCAAGCUGACACGGGCAGCGAAUGACGGUUGGAAUUUCAAGGGAGCCCCAGUAGAGAAGACUAAGGUGGGACCCUCCUCGAACGGAGACGGGACAGGGACAUGGGUCGAAGGGAUGUGUGAGAAACCCAGCAGAACCAUGGGUGGAGCUUCUUCUUUCAUCAAAGUUCAAGCUGAUCAAUCAGAGCACUGUCUGUCACGCAGCCCCCAGGUCAUUACCACCACUUCCACCGUGGUCGUGCGUCAACCUGCUUCACCUACCUUUACCUAG